UAAAGCACAUACUAUGCCUUCAACUAUCAGCCUGGACAACAGAUUCAAAGUGACAGUCCAGAAACAAUAGUCUGAGAACCAGUAAGCUUCCUCUUAACAGCUGGAUAGAUAAUAGGAACUUGAAGACAUGGGACAAGCCCUACAUUCCAAGAGCUGUGACUUGCAGGUAGCCAGAAACAAUGAGGAACAUCACACCAAAGACAUUAGUUCCAGGCGCCUUGUUGUCCGCCGAGGACAACCCUUCACCAUCACUCUGCACAUACACCCAGUGGUUCGAGGAUUCUUUCAGAUUUUAAAGAAGGUCACCCUUGUGGCUCAAACAGGAAAGCAGCCUUCCAAGACAAACAAAACCAAAGUCAAAUUCCCCAUCACCAGCCAAGGCAAUCCUAAAUGGUGGAGUGCGGCGGUAGAAGACAGAGAUUUCUGUAGCUGGACCAUAUCGGUGACCACACCUGCCGAUGCCAUCAUUGGUCACUAUUCCCUCCUGCUGCGGGCCUCUCGAAGGACGGAAUACCUCCUGGGCCAUUUCACACUACUCUUUAAUCCCUGGGAACGAGAGGAUGCAGUAUUCUUGGAGAAUGAGGCACAACGCAGAGAAUAUUUGCUGAACCAGAAUGGCCUCAUCUACCUGGGCACAUCAGAUUGCAUCCAGCCUCAGCCUUGGGACUUUGGCCAGUUUGAGAUCAAUGUCAUUGAUCUCAGCCUGAAUUUACUGGAAGUAGAUAAGGAAGUCAACCAGUGGAGUAAUCCUGUACACGUGACCCGGGUACUUGGAACCUUGCUGAAUGACAGAAAGAAGAAGAGUAUUCUGACCACGCCCCAAACCCAAGAUUCCUGGGACAUGAGAUUCCUGUAUAAGCGCCGAGGGAGUUUGCCCAUCCUCUGGCACUGGCUCACCGGCCAAGGGCGGCAGGUGCCUGAUGGGCAGGGCUGGGUGUUGGCAGCUGUCACCUGCUCAGUGCUGAGGUCCCUAGGUAUUCCUGCCCGAGUUAUCACAAUCUUUGACUCAGCCCAAGACACAAAAGGAGACUUGACUGUGAAUGAAUAUUAUGAUGAGGAUGGACUUCAGACUGGAGAGAACCAAGGAAGCCGAAUCUGCAUCUUCCAAGUCUCAACCGAAUGUUGGAUGGCAAGACCUGAUCUGCCCCCAGGUUAUGGAGGAUGGCAGAUUGUGGACUCAAGCCUUCAGAAAGAAGGUAGAGCUGAUGUCUUGGUGACCUGUGAUCUAGUUCCAGUUAGGGCAAUCAAGGAAGGGGCUCUGGAGCUGAGCCCUGUGGUGCCAGCCCUUUUUGCCUCACUCAAUGCUUCCUGUGCAGUCUGGAUGAAGGGCAGGAAUGGGACGGUGGUUCGAGCUGAUGCCAGCCCCAAGUACGUGGGCAACAACAUCAGCACCAAGGGGGUUGGAGGGGAUCGUUGUGAAGACAUCACCCAAAACUACAAAUGCCAUGAAGGAUCUCCACAAAAAAGAGAACUAUUGGAGAAAGUCUGGAAAGAGAGAGCUGAAGCUGGGAAGAUCAAUGGGCUCUCCCUCAGCCCAGAGACAUCGGGUCCUCUGUACAUGCUCUUGGAUUCAUCCAGCUGCCUGCCUUUGGAUGGCAAUUUUGAGUUAGCUGUGAAAUUCUUUAACUACACUAGUGAGGAGAGGGCUGUGGAGUUGGUGAUAGGGAUCCAGGCCAUGGACUACAACGGAGUCACCAAGGCUCAGCUCUAUAAAAAGAAGUUAUCACUUACAAUUCAAGAGAAUGAAGUUAGAACCAUCAGUACCAGCUUGUCCUCUUCCCAGUUCAUGCAAAGCCCUCCGGAGAACAGCAUCCUGAGAUUGACAGCUGUGGCAACCCACACAGAUCCUGAGAUUAGCUACUUUGCUCAACAGGACAUUGCCAUCUGUAAACCACAGCUCACCAUUGAGGUGCCAGAGAUGGUAAGCCUGCAUGAACCAGUCACAGCCUCCAUCUAUGUUCAGAAUAAGUUGGAUUCUCCCAUGGAAGAUUGUGUGAUCACAGCAUUUGGAAGAGGACUCAUUUACAGAGAAAGGUGCUAUAGAUUAGGUUCCGUCCGGCCUGGAAAUUCCCUCUACUGCCAGAUCCAGUUCACUCCAACCCAUGUAGGGCUCCAAAGACUCACCGUGGAAGUGGAUUGCAACAUGUUCCAGAACCUAAUAGGCUACAAGAAUAUUAAUGUGGUGAUGCCUCUAUCCCCAGCUUAGGCUGGCCAGAUGCACCUUCCCACCUGUAGCUCUGUCUCUGGUUGUGAAAUGACACACCCACAAACACAAGAAAGGCACACACCUUGCAAAACUGAAGUGUAACAUACCAGAUUCUCUAAUGUGCUAACGUCAUUUCAGGGUGGGAAGGAAGGUGCUUGUCUCGGCUCAAAUCAUUUCUAAGCCUCUAGUAUGAAUACAAUAGACCCAAAAGGUAUGAAUAAGUAGGAAGGGGACUCCUACCACGCUGGACUAUGACAGCCUUGGAAAUUCGGUGUCUUACUAUAUAAGGAUGAUACCUUUUUUUUUUAAACACGAUGCUUUACAGCUUUCAGAAUGAAUAAUAAAAAAACAA